AUGCUUGAGACAAGGAGCCUGGCACGGAGUUCAACUGACCGUACUACAGCUAUCCAGAACGCAGCCAAGGACCCAGCAAGUACCAGGGGAGUCACAGCGAAUUGGGUUCAGUCCGUCAACGACUGGUAUCCCGGAUCUAGCACCGUCCCCGACAUCGAUGAUGGGGAGGAAGCCGGAAGCGCAGAUGUCAUCCUUCGAGCGAAAGCUCUUGGCUUUUUGGCUGCGACACUCGAGGCGCUGCCAAAGGGCGUCCUGAAUGGAACUCAAGUGCAACUCCUUGUUCAUUUUUUCAGCGUCAUGUUUGAUGCGGACCACAAGGCUGGCAUCCUGGCUGCGACCAAAGCUUUGCGAUAUUUGAUCAGCAUGAACGCGUUCAAGCCUCAGCUUGCUGAUACGGUUGUUGGAAACAUCGUCAAAAUGGGCGACGACUUCCGGCUGCAGCCCCCGUCAACAAGGUUCGAAGUCUACGAGCUUCUUCAUGGCUUAAUCCAGGACCCUAUCACUCGAGGCGAGCUUCAACACAUCCAUGGAUCGGCUUCUGGCUUCGUCCUGGAUCUCUUGAAGAUGUGUCAGCAUGAGAGGGAUCCAAAGAAUCUCCUUGAAUGGUUUGCUAUUCUAAAGUCGCUUCUCAGACACUACUCCAUGUCACAUGAGGUGCUCCAGGAAGUCUUCAAGUCCUUUUCCUCCUACUUCCCCAUCUCAAUUCGCAGUUCGGCAACCCCUGCGGCUAUCACGACGGAACAGCUCAAGUUGGCAGUCAGAGAAUGCUUCGCGGCCGACUAUAGACUCGCCGAUCUGUCUUUCCCGUUCCUGAUCCAGAAGCUCGACCAGGGAGACAGCGUCACAGUUGGCGUCAAGCUUGACAUAUUGAGCACAAUCAAAGCUUGCGUAGAACAAUAUUCGCACGCUCAGAAGGGAAUUGUCCCUUUUGUUGACAAAAUCUGGAAUUCCCUGAAGUAUGAGGUUCGCAACGGCGAGAUCCAGGCAACCAUCCAAGCAACAUUAGAUGUCAUGUCUGCCAUUAGCAGAAAAUUUGCCAAGCUCCCCCAUCAAGAUACCCAAUUCGAAGAGCUUCAGGGUUUCGUUAACGUGGUACUGGGAGACUGUAUCGAUGAUUUCGCUAAUCCGACCUACACCAAAAACGCUGGCCAGCUUGCAAAUUAA